CCCGCCUCAUUGUUCAUUCCUCUUUCUCUCUCCUCCUGUAUCCCUUAUUCCCCUUCUCCUCUCUCUAUCUCUAUCGAAGGACCAAACACAACUAAUCAACCACAAGGGUCUCCUCACACACACACAAAACAUGGGCACUUUGGUGGGACAUGUUGCACCUGGCUUUGGCUUCUUUGUCAUUGGACUAUGGCACCUCCUCAACCACAUCAAGCACCAUGCUCUCCACCCAAACUCCUACACAUCCUUGCCAUGGUUCCCAACCUCAAAGUCAAGAUACCUAGAGCUCUUCUUGAUCAUGGGAGCCUCCUCCAUGUCCAUCGCCAUGGAGCUCUUCAUUGGGCCCCACAAACACCACCCCUUAGACCAUGACGGCACCAUACCCUCCAACCAUCUCCACAACUUCGAGCACUCCUCCAUCUCCAUGACCUUCUUCGUCUAUGCGGCAUUGUCCAUCCUCCUAGACCGCGCUGCUGCACCCCCAAAACCACGCCACGGCCUCACCCAACUGCUCGGAGCCAUCGCCUUCGGCCAGCAGCUUCUCCUCUUCCACCUCCAUUCUGCUGACCACAUGGGCGUGGAAGGCCAAUACCACAUGCUCCUCCAAGUUGUCAUACUCGUGUCUCUAGUCACCACUCUCAUGGGUGUUGGUUACCCUAAGAGCUUCAUGGUCAGUUUUGUUAGGUCACUUAGCAUAUUGUUCCAAGGUGUUUGGCUUAUCGUUAUGGGGUUCAUGCUUUGGACACCUGAAUUGAUGCCUAAAGGUUGCUUCAUGAAAUUGGAAGACGGUCACUUUGUGGUCCGGUGCACCGCGGAUGAAGCCCUCCACCGUGCUAAAUCGCUGGUGAAUCUUCAGUUCAGCUGGUACUUGAUUGGAGUGACCAUUUUUGCAGUGUCCAUUUACUUGGUGUUGAUCAGAUUUUAUGGCGGCAAAAUUGAAUACCAAUCUCUAGCAAAAUAUGAAGAACACCUAGAAGAAGAUACCGAGGAUGUUGAGGCUCAGAAUAAAAGCAAACAAGGCAACUCCAAGAGUUUUCUUGAUCAUAUGGGAAAAGGGUUUGGACCAAUUGACAUGGAAAGGUAGAAAUUAAUAAUAAUAACGAGUCAAUAAUCUGACAAAUUCUGUUAAUUUUAUGCGAAUAGGGAUUGAUAUUAUCAUUAUGUUAAAAAUAUUAAUGACAUCAUUCUCAUUCGCAUAAAUCAGUAGGAAAUGUCAUAUCAGACUCUCAAUUAUUUUUCUAAUAAUAAGGUGUGUGUAAAAAAUUAGGUUGGUGGUAUUGUAUCCCACUUUGUUUUAAUUAAGCCCACAAUUAAUAGUGUUGGCUUAGUGAGAGCAAACAAUUAAUUUGGGGGCAAAAAGGUAAAGAGUGUGAAUAGAUUGAUAUUGUUUGGUUUGUAUUGAUGGGUUUUUAGCUUAGGAGGGCUCAUUGUGUUUUUGUGCAUGUAUAGAAGAAAGUUAGUGAUUUAUGAGAGAGGUCAUAUAUUUAGUUGAAUUAGUAAUUAAUGAGAGUGGUCAUAUUCGUUUUUUUCUCUUUUCGUGUUUUUUUUUUUUUUUUUUCGUUUUUGUGGGUCCCUCAGUGAGAGGGGUCAUGUAUUUUGUUAAUUGUUUCAUGAAACCACCACCUUCUUGUAAAGGUCUCUAUUUUAUUUGAUUCUGGACAUGAGCCUGGUUUUCAGCUGAUUCUCUAA